GCCCGCCCGAGUCGAGCAGAAUCCAGAUCUGAAAACUGCAACGGUCUCCUCAUUCUCCUCCCCCGUUUCGAAUCCAGCUCGGCAUAAAUCUCUCUCCCAUUUACCACCUCAGACUCAGACCCAGAUCGCAAUCUCCUCCUCCCCCAAUCUCAUCUCGGCCCGCUUUCUCCUCGCGAGUCAAACUCUCCUCCUCUUCCCCCUAGAUCAGGGGAGAUGGAGCCGGCGACGAUGGCGUGGACGCUGGCGGCGGCGGGGUUCGCGCUGGUGUACUGGUUCGUGUGGGUGAUGGGCGCCGCGGAGGUGCAGGGCAAGCGCGCCGUGGACCUCCAGAUGGGAUCCAUCGCCGACGACAAGGUCGGAGACAGGUACUCCCAGUACUGGUCCUUCUUCCGCAGCCCCAAGGAGACGGCCGCCGCGGCCACUGCCGACAAGGUUCCGGCGUUCGUCGACACCUUCUACAACCUCGUCACCGACAUCUACGAGUGGGGCUGGGGCCAGUCGUUCCACUUCUCCCCCUCCCUCCCCGGGAGGUCGCACCGGGAGGCCACGCGGGUGCACGAGGAGCGCGUGGCCGACCUGCUCGAGGCACGGCCAGGGAAGCGGCUGCUUGACGUCGGGUGCGGCGUCGGCGGGCCCAUGCGCGCCAUCGCGGCGCACUCCGGCGCCGACGUGGUCGGGAUCACCAUCAACGAGUACCAGGUGAACCGCGCCCGCGCGCACAACCGCAAGGCCGGCCUCGACGCGCCUCGCUGCGAGGUGGUCUGCGGCAACUUCAUGGCCAUGCCGUUCCCGGACGCGUCCUUCGACGGCGCUUACUCCAUCGAGGCCACCUGCCACGCGCCCAGGCUGCAGGACGUCUACGGCGAGGUGUUCCGCGUGCUCAAGCCGGGGGGACUCUACGCCUCCUACGAGUGGGUCACCACGCCGCUGUACCGCGCCGACGACCCGAGCCAUGUCGAGGCCAUCCACGGCAUCGAGCGCGGCGACGCGCUCCCGGGCCUGCGCCGGCAGGACGAGAUCGCGGCCAUCGCUAGGGAGGUCGGCUUCGACGUGCUCCAGGAGCUGGACCUGGCGCUGCCGCCGGCGCUCCCCUGGUGGACGCGGCUCAAGAUGGGGCGCCUCUCCUACUGGCGCAACUCGCUGGUGAUCCGGGCGCUCACCCUGCUGCGCGUGGCUCCCAAGGGCGUCUCCGAGGUGCACGAGAUGCUGUACGAGACGGCGCAGCACCUCACCCGCGGUGGCGAGACCGGCAUCUUCACCCCCAUGCACAUGGUGCUGCUCCGCAAGCCGGAGUCGACCCCAGCCGCCGCUGGAGCGGAGACCAAAUAGACAGCCGAGCGACACAUUAUGCAGCAGCAAGUCCUUGGUAGUAGCUAGGAGCAAAAUCAGAUGACGAAACGCAUGGUUUGAUCGAUUCUUCGUGUUCUUUGAUCAGUAGCGGCUGGAUCACCACAAAUUCCCCAUUGUUUUCCCCUUUUUAAUGUGUGAAUUGAUUAUUAUUCGAUAUGUUCAUCCUGUCAUGUGUCGUGUAACAUGAAGCGAAGCAUCUCACCGCCUA